AUGCCGAAGGUAAUAUUCCAGAAGUACAAGAAGAUGGUCAGCAACAUCGACCCAAGUCGGCAUACUGCCAAGUUCAAGGAAAUAGAUGAGGCACGCCGCUCGCAAAUCUCGGAGUCGGAUUUUACAGAAGAAAUGGGUGCGGAGUACGAGGAGGAAAUGGAGGAGAUGAAAUCGAGUGAAAUUAGUUUGUCUGAAGGAGAACCUGCCCUUAAUAUCGGCAAGAUCGAUCUAUCAUUUCCCGAGACAGUCGAGGAGUUUGAAAACAGUCCACAGUGCUAUCCUCCCUCAUAUUAUACGCUUUCACCCAAGGAACGUUUACUCCUUCUUUAUGCUGAGAACUUCCGGAAGCAAUUGGUUCUCUCUUACCCGAAGAGACGAGCGAUGGUCUUGGCAUUGCCCAACGAAUGCAAAGUACAGAAAUUCGUUUGCACCACCAUCAGGCCAACGGCGUUUAUUUACACGCAACUCAUAUCAAGCGUUGAGGAAAUUGCCAAGUUUGUCGCCGACUUUGUUCAAUAUGAACCACUAGAGGACCCAAUAAAUUUG